GUCCAGAGGUCCCAAUCACAGCCGAGUCUGCUCCGGCGAACUCCUCUCCAUCGCAAUUGCCGAUAUCAGAGCUUCUCUGUCUCUCUUCCAACCUCUCGCUCCCUUUUCUCCCCAAGGUUUCGCCCUUUUCGUCGACGAGGUCAAACUCUCUCUUUCUCCUCAAUUAGCUCGUAACAUCCUUCUCUUUUGGCUUUGGGAAAAAAAAUUUCGAACCUUUUCUCAUCCUUUGGGCUGAGCUUAUUCGUCGAGAAGAUUCCAGAAAGUGGUUCUAGAAGGUUCUUCCAGAAUAGGCAAAUUUGCUUUUGCGUUUGCCGGUUCUAAUGGAAAUUCAUUAUCAAAACGCAAAGAGAGACGGUGCUGAAACUGGUCCUCGCAUAUUGGGUCCGCAAGAAGCUGGCAUUGUCUUCCUCAGUCAGGUAUCUGUAUGAAAGCUACAGUGAAAGUCAUGAAAAUAAAAUAAAGUGCAUCAUACACUAUUUUGAAAGGAUAAGUUCGCAGAUGCCUUCAGGCUUUGUCUUGUUUGAAUGAAUGUUUCUUCCUUUGGAAUAUCAUCCUUUGUGUAUUUCCUGUCCCAAGGCUGAUUUUUGGGGCAAACCUGCCAUCCCCCUCUGCCCUUUUGAGGCUCAUAGUUCAGGCUUGAUAGAAGAUCAGUCCAAUAAUGCUCUUGAAGUGGAUUUUGCAAACAAGUAUCUUGGAGGUGGUGCUCUGCACAGGGGCUGUGUGCAAGUAUGGCAUAGUCUUUUCUUUUUGUUUUUCUUUGGGAUUUAGCUCAGACAAUUUUCCUCUGUCCACACUUUAGUCUGCAGUCUAGGCUGCCAAUUUCCAAUGUAUUAUUGGUAACAUAUUACACAUGUUCCAUUACCAUAUUUUUGCAUUUGCAUGUGAAUGCUGUUUUCCAAUAUUUUAUGUUCUCUAAUUUCAUGUUCGUGGAGGCCAUCCUUCUAUUGAAACCUUUUUGAGUUAAAUGAUAUGGUUGUUUCUAUUAUUUUCAUUGGAAGAAAUCCGCUUCAUGGUCAAUCCUGAGUUAAUUGCUGGCAUGCUUUUCUUGUUGUUCAUGGAAGAUAAUGAAGCCAUAGACAUUGUAGGUGCAGGAAGGUUUUCUGACUAUACUGGUUGAGCACUCUGCAGAUAAGACAUGCAUCAAACUUGACGAAAGAAGUGCUACAAAAUCAUCUGUUGCCAUAACUAUUUUAUUUUUCUUCUAAAAUAUACUUGUACCUCAAAUAUCAUGAAUAUUUCAAUGAAUCAAAUGAAUAAAAUGGCUAUCUGAUGAAUCAUUUUAUAUGGUCACAUGGAUAUGCUAACCCUUUAAGUCAGAAAGUAGAGACCAUGACAUUAAAGUUAUUGUUUAAGGAAGCAGUUAAAGUAUGCCUCUUCAUUUCGUUUUACUGGUGACUACAUAGACAAAAGAAAUGUUGACUUUCUUGGAAGAUGUAAAACCAGGAUCAUUGCUAUUGAUGCUGUAUGCCACCCAAGGAUGAAACAAUACAAACUUAAAUACCUUCUACAGGAGAUUAAUAAGGCAUUCUGUCGCUUUUUGGAUCAAUCAAAAAGUUGUCAGCACAGGAAACUGUUUCAGGAAAAUGGACUUAAUGUGCUUAAUCUUGAUCAAGAUGAUAAAGAUCAUGAUUAUAUAUCCAGGACUAAUAUAUUGUUAGAUGAAUCUACCUCCACUUCUCUUGAAAGGAAUGAAGGAAGAUACAUGAACAAAAAUAUUAGAAAUCCUGAUAGUAAUGGCAGUCAGUUUUUUGACCACCAAGAUAGUAUUGGGAUUGCAACUGGAAAUUGGGGCUGUGGUGCUUUUGGAGGAGAUCUUGAAGUAAAGUAAAGACCAUUAUACAGUGGCUUGCCGCUUCACAUGUAUGUGUCAGUACUCCUUUAGGAGGUGUUAAAUCUUAUAGUGCCUGUGGCACAGAAUAGGGACUUUUAGUUUUGUGCUCAUAUUUUGUAUUUUUGUUAGAUAUUUCCAUUAACUGCAGCACAUCCCUUUCAGGCUCUAAGACCUUUCAUUUCAUACUACACAUUCAGUCCUGAGGCAUUGCAAAAUGUGGAUCAGAUCACUCAAUGGAUUCUGUCACACAAAUGGACGGUUGGGUGCCUUUGGAAUAUAUUGGUAGAGUAUUCAAUCCAGAGAUUCAAGGGAGAAACAAACCUGGGUUUUUUUGCUUGGCUCCUUCCUUCCCUGCCUGCCCACGAGGCUGACAGCUUCAUCCAAGCCCCAGGAAGAUAAUUUUUCUGUUUGCAAUUGGUGACAACCUUGUCUUUGGGCUGGCUUUUCUAACACCAUGAAAUGAGAACUGAAAAGGAAGAAUUACCAGAGAGCAAAUUUUAACCCUCUCAGGUCCCAGCAGUGGUGUCUUCCACAGUUCAAAGCUCAAAUCAACCUUUCAUUCCUACCAACCGUUUUGCCAUGAGAUCAAUGGUGCCGUAUGCUGAAGUGAAUAUGUUCGUUUAUGGUCAUCUACUCAUUCUUUUCUACCCCUCUGCAGGUGUAAUGUUAUGGUUAGAUGACCAUCAACGAACACGUUCAUCACUGUAUUGCAUGCUCAUAACUCGAUAUUAUUAUCUACUACAAAUCAUUCAAGGUAUACAUUUGUUUUGUUAAUCUUCACUUAGUUUGCCAUUUCAUAUCUUUGUUGUGUGAUUUUUUUUGCACCAUAGCGUGCAGUUUCAGUAAGUGAAUGUUAGAAGGACAUGAUAAUGGUGCUAAUUAACUUAACCACUCAUUCCAAAAAUUGCAUGUUUUGGAGUGAACUGAACUCUUUUAUGCUUUUAAAACCGCCCUUCAGCUGUAUUGCCUUCAAAAGCUUGAGCAAAGCAGCGAAACUGCCGAAGCAAGGGGGACAGUUACAACAUACAACAUAGCAUUUCCUUUUGCUUUGGCCCUUGAAACUGGGUUUAUUGCGCUGUAGGUUGAUUCUAUUGGGGAUUUGGACUGGACCAAGGGACAGGGAUGAAAGUUUUUCUAUUUGAUUAGCAAAAAAUUUAGAAAGGAAGGGAGUUUAUCCAAAUGAGAAAAGCAAAGAGGUGGGAAGGGAAGGGAAGGGCAAGACAAUCGUAUCUUUUUAAUCUCCUCAGCUCUUCUGUGAAAAAUAUAGAUCAGGUAUUAAAAAUAUAGAGUCCCAACAAAAACGAC